AUGGUUAAUUGCAAACUGUGUUCUAAAACAGUAAGCCGAGAAGACAAAACUAAAAUAGUUUGUGUCACGUGUCAAAACCUAUUUCACGUGAAAUGUACAAAAAUUGAUUCUACAGACUUAGAAGGCCUAAAAGAGACCAGCAAAAAAUGGAGAUGUAGCGAUUGCGAAUUAUUAUCGGGUACGUUGCCAGCUGCUGAGUCUAGUAGUAUACUUGACCUACUGAGAGGGCUCACCGAGGAGGUCAGGGAAUUGAAGUCCAAACUUCAAGGGAUAGACGAACUGAAGGAGAUAAAAGAAGCCCUACAGAAGCAGGCGGAACUCUCAUUUGAGAACAUGGACCGUCUGUUAAAAAUAGAAACACUCUUAGAGGAACAGAAAACCCAUGUUGAAAAUUUGACAAUUGAAAACAACAAACUCAAAACAAAAAUAUCAGAGCUUGAAAUCCGACUAAAUUUUACAGAACAAAAUUUGUUAGACAGACGGUGA